UUGUCAUUCAGGAAGUAUUUUGGGGAGAAGAUCGGCCUGUAUUUCGCCUGGUUGGGUCUGUACACCCAGAUGCUGAUCCCUGCAUCCCUGGUUGGAGUCAUAGUCUUUCUGUACGGAUGUGCCACCGUUGAUGACAACAUACCCAGCUACUGGAGGCUCAGCACCUCCUGUGGAACGGCCCGCGCCAGCCAUCUGUUCGACAACCCGGCCACCGUCUUCUUCUCCGUGUUCAUGGCUCUGUGGGGUGAGUGA